CGCGCCUGCGCGGGAGAGUUUUAUUUCCUACUGUCUGCCGGCGAGGCCCAAGACUAGUCGAACGAUCCUGGCGGUGUGAUGUUCAGGCUGCAGGUUGUUCUGGGCCACCUCAACGGCCGACCUGAGUGGCGCCCGGCGCCGCAGGCCGCGCCGUGCUUCGGCAGUUUUCCGCAAGCCUCCGCCGCAGACGUAGUGGUGGUACACGGACGGCGGACUGCCAUCGGCAAAGCGGGCCGCGGCGGCUUCAAGGACACCACCCCAGAUGAGCUUCUGUCGGCCGUCUUGACCGCGGUUCUCCAGGACGUAAAACUGAGGCCUGAGCAGCUGGGGGACAUCUCCGUGGGAAAUGUGCUUCAACCUGGAGCUGGGGCCAUCAUGGCACGAAUUGCCCAGUUUCUGAGUGGCAUCCCAGAGACUGUGCCUCUGUCCACUGUCAACAGACAGUGCUCAUCAGGGCUGCAGGCAGUGGCCAACAUAGCUGGUGGCAUCAGAAAUGGGUCUUAUGACAUUGGCAUGGCCUGUGGGGUGGAGUCCAUGUCCCUGGCUGACAGAGGGAACCCUGGAAAUAUUACUUCACGCUUGCUGGAGAAUGAGAAGGCCAGAGAUUGCUUGAUCCCCAUGGGGAUAACCUCGGAGAAUGUGGCUGAGCGGUUUGGCAUUUCACGGGAGAAGCAGGAUACCUUCGCGCUGGCCUCCCAGCAGAAGGCAGCAAGAGCCCAGGGCAGGGGCUGUUUCCGUGCUGAGAUUGUGCCUGUGACCACCACCAUCCACGAUGACAAGGGCACCAAGAGGAGCAUCACUGUGUCCCAGGAUGAGGGAAUCCGCCCCAACACCACCAUGGAGGGCCUGGCCAAACUGAAGCCUGCAUUCAAGGAUGGUGGCUCCACCACAGCUGGAAACUCUAGCCAGGUGAGUGAUGGGGCGGCUGCCAUCUUGCUGGCCCGGAGGUCCAAGGCAGAAGAGUUGGGCCUCCCCAUCCUCGGAGUCCUGAGGUCCUAUGCAGUGGUUGGGGUCCCACCUGACAUCAUGGGCAUUGGACCUGCAUAUGCCAUCCCUGCAGCCUUGGAGAAAGCAGGGCUGACAGUGAACGAUGUGGACAUCUUUGAGAUCAAUGAGGCCUUUGCAAGCCAGGCUGUCUACUGUGUGGAGAAGCUAGGAAUCCCCCCUGAGAAGGUGAACCCUCUGGGAGGUGCCGUGGCUCUGGGCCACCCGCUGGGCUGCACUGGGGCACGACAGGUCAUCACGCUGCUCAAUGAGCUGAAGCGCCGUGGGAAGAGGGCAUAUGGAGUGGUGUCCAUGUGCAUCGGCACUGGAAUGGGAGCCGCCGCUGUCUUCGAAUACCCUGGGAACUGAGUCCCUCACUCAAGGCACUACCCAGAUGGCCCUGCUCUGACCGCCAGAGAGUGACUCUAGGGAACAAAUCCACCUGGGAUAUUCAGCACGGGUGGUGAUGGUGGGGACAAAUGAAAGCACGUCAACACUGAUGAUGCAGUACAGGAACGGGCAGCGUGUUGGGCCAUACCACCUGGCCUCCUCUAGCUGGGCCAGACAAAGUCUUGUGGGUCACCCAGGCUACAAGGCCAUGCAAAUCGUAGGGAACUGUGGCCUCAUGAAUAAGGUACAAUGGACAUAAUAAAUAUGUGUUAUCUCA